AUGUCAGGAUGCGCUCAGGCGUCUGAUCGUGCCUCGGGCCGAAAAUGCCUCGGGCGAGGCGUGCAAUCAACAGAUCCGAUUCAUCUGUGGUUUCAGCCACGUGGCGAGACAGACACUGGGUGGUGGGCAGCCGCUAUGGUUAUGUUGGCGAUCACUUGUGCCACGGUAUUUGCCAACUUCGCCGUCAUGUUGGCGCUCUGGCGAGUGCGGCGGGCGCCCUCUCAUUACCCCCUGAUGAGUCUGGUAGCGGCGGACUUCCUGGUGGGGAUGGCUGUGUUGCCGAUUGCUGCGCUCAGAGAGCUGUUUGUGUUUAAUCUAAAUCGUGUUAUAUGUGCAUGCUGGAGUACAUUGGACGUGCUAUGCUGUACCGCAUCUAUCCUUUCGCUGUGCGCCCUUGGCUGGGAGCGAUACUCCGGCAUCACAGCGCCCUUGGCAAGGGCGCAGAGGGCGAGAAGGGCUCGGACCUUAUCAAUCCUGGUCUGGCCUGUGUCAGCGCUGGUGGCGUUGCCAGACGCCUUCAUACCCUCUCCGAAGUCCUUCCACCCGGGAGAAUUAGAAAAGGCUUGCGACGUUAACACUAAUAUUUGGUAUGUCUUUUUCAGCAUUACAUUCUCAUUCUACGUGCCGGCUUGCAUGAUAGUGAUGCAGUACGGGUUCAUCUUGCGAGCUCUUUCCUCCCCUCCACCGAUUCGCGCACAUCGUGGGCGGACAGUCUCACCGCGCUGUCAGAAAAUGGAUUCAACACAAAUGAACACCACACCAAAGCAAAAAUCUUCGAAUGUCCACAUACAAAUUGACAAUAAUCAGAAUGAUGUAACACCAAAAGCUUGCCGUAUCAAUUCACCAGCAGUCAUACGAGCCUGCACAGAACCCAGUACAGGAAAAUGCAGCUACAAGACCAAUUUCUUAGAGCGUCAACGUCGAGCAACUCGGAUGAUUGUGAUGCUUAUGGGGCUGUUCUUCAUCUGCUGGACUCCAUACUUCGUGAUACUACCUUUGGACUCUCUCUACGACAUCGUCAGCGACUCGACCUGGGCGUGGUGUACAUGGCUCGGCUACGUGAACUCAGCUCUGAACCCGUUCGUAUACGCUGCAGCAUCUCCCAGUGUGCGCAGAGUAUUACAGUACUCCUAUACAACCUCUAGUUCGAGAAACAAUGAGAUUCCUUUGACUCAGCGGAUUCCAAGAGCGUGAUUAUAUUCUGUUAACAAGAUGGCGCGAAUCAAAAUUUCACAAAAUGGCGGCUAGCGCGCGAAGAUGGCGGCGAGAGACAAGAUGGUGGCUGCUAAUGGCGGGGAAAGGGAGCUAGCGGCGCCGAAGUCCCUGGCAUCUGGCGAGCAGGUCUUGCAGGUGCAUCGACCGGAGAGACAAUAUCCGGGCUCGUCCUCUUCUGACACGCAUUCCUUUGAAAGUUAUUAAAAAAACACGUGUGAACAUAAUCUGACACCUUUAUCUAUAUCUAACCUAACUUGUAUUUUGUUUACUACAAACUUUACUUAAUUUAUUCUUAUUUUUAAUUUGGAAUGUAUAGACUUAUCGCUGAGAUGUUCAAAAAGUUUAAUACAGAAGAAAUUCAACUUAUUUGAGGGCAGGUCGCUUUAAGCCAAGGACUCAUGCGUUUUAAAUCUCUCAACCCGCAGAAAACCACUACUGUUACUCCACUGGAGUAAACUGAUGUUGAUUGUGAUAGCUUUAAUUUACAAAAAUUGUGUUGUAACAAAAAUUGAAUCAAAAUUUCAAUCUCUGCUCAUAACGUUGUAACCUUUGAACCAAAAUAGAAAAUAAAAUAUUGUGUUCAUGGUCUUUCAAAUUAAAUUAAAAAAUCCCCUGUCCCAAAAAAUGGUGGUGGCCAUCUUGGAUUUCGAUUUAUCAUUGUGUAAAGUAUUCUACUAGUCGAGCAUUUUUAUUUUAUACCCAUAUUGAGGGAGUUUUAUAUUGUUGACACAAACAGCCAACACACUAAGAGACACGUCAAAAUUAUAACACCCCGUCGUUUUUGAUUCGGGGUUUAAAAUUAACUGAAAUAUUGUAGACAAUAUUGAAACCCCUAACAAUGUAAAAAUUCUAAAAAAAUCCUAAAAUUUAUAUUUAGAAAUACUUUUAUUAAAUCAUUAGGUAAGUUUCCUUUAACUGUGUCAAUUCGAGCAAAGCACUGAAAUACUAUAAAUAUAAAUAUGGCAACAUUAUUUUACAGUGUCAUUAGAACCUGUCAGUUUUCUCCUGUGGUCAUUGCACUUUAUAGGCAUACCGAGAUUUAUCAUUGCAGGCAAAAAUGCUACUAUUUAGAAUGCGAUUUUUAAAUUUUAAUAAUAUUUGUAAAUAAAAUUGUAGUAUCUUAUGUGUGUUACAGUAAGUUUAAUAAUGUAUCAUAGAUAAUUUAGUGUAGGGACUUUAUUGAAUUGUUGUUAUUAAAGACGUUAAACAUUA